CACGAAGAAGUUCGUAUGAUGCAGCUUUUAAGGUUGAAGGCCAUCGAUCUGGCUAUCCAGGAAGGAAAUAGAGCUGCUGCACUUAAGCUUGGCGUUAAUGAAUCCAUGGUGAGCACUUUUACUGCCGUGUUACAGGCACUGUUCGGAAACACUACAGGUCAUAUUAAGGCACUUUUGUUCAUCUUUGAGCUGCAAAUUUGCACGGUUGUAAUUCAUAUUGACACAGCUAUAGUUAUCAACUAGCUGGUGCAUUGGAUGUAUAUAUUACAUGUGUAAUAAAGCAAUGGCAACAGUGCUUAUGUGUGUGUAAUGUUUCUUUAAACUGUAAUCAGUCACUGUGAUCAUUGCUGCUCGUUACAUUUUAUUGACUAUGAUAAAACUGUAACAUAGCAACCUGUCUGAGGUCCUAAGGGCAAGCUAGUUUCUGACGACAAAUGGCUGGGGAGUUUGUGGCUUAGACUUUUCAAUGUAGAGUUCGCAUGUUCUCCAUGUGUCUGCAUGAGUAAGCUCAAAGAUCAUUGGCAGAUCAGUCGAUCAAGCUUAUAGUCUUUUCAUGAGACUAAGAGAACCUGUGGUUUGUAGAGACAUUGCAGGCAUGGGAUCAUUACUUGGGGUCGCAAGCAUGCCCAGUGUUUGUCUGAAUCUGAGUAACGUAUUCAUGGUCAUUAAUUGUGUUGGUGCUCGUUUUAUUGUUUUUUCUAUCCCAGGUUUUACGAUUGGUGGAAUGCUGACAACAUGUUCCCUACCAAGAGGCACAUUGUGCUGUGACUAAGAGCUUUGGUUGAUUAUUACCAAGAUAAAUUGUAUUGUUCUCUCCCACACUUUGAUGAGGAAGCACUGCCAAUUCAGCCACAUGCCAAUAUGAGCAGCAUUGGACAGAUCUGUAACGCGUUUGGGAUUUUUGGUUUGUUUGAGAAAUGGCUAUUGGUGCAUUAUGCAUCCUCAGCAUGUUUGCUGGGUUGACUGGUACUGUAUUAAAAACACAUGCAAGCAAAAGAGAGCUUGCAUGUCUUGUAGAGCACAAUUCCUGCAGGACUCUAGGUACAACUAUGGGUUUAUAAUGAGUGUAACAGUGGCUUUUAUCCCAUAGUAAAAAUAAAGCUUCUUCUCCUUACUUUGAAUAUAUCAUGUUUGUCACCUAAAGCAGACAAAAUUUAUUUUUAAUUCUGCGUUUUUGGCUUCGUAUGUAAUAACUACUUAAAUUCUUUUGAAAGCACAUAAUUCAUUAGAAGUCACAUCCAUAAUGUUUUAUGAAUGUUGUUGUUAUAUUGAUUACUGUAAUGUCCUCCUGACGGGCCUCCCAGCCUGCACAGUGAAACCCUUUCAGAUGAUCCAAUUCACAGUAGGUUUCCACUGAGGUUACAUUACCAUGUCUGCAAAUGAUCGAAAUAAAGUUGUGACUCAGCAUCUAUUAAACUUUUUGAUUUGAUGAAGACUGAGUAAAUGUUUGCUGGAGAUGUGGCAGAGUAUCGUAUUUGACAACCUGGCGAUCAGUACCAGCUCAUAAUUACCAAGAUGAAUUCAAUUAUUUUCUCUCACACUGCACUUUGAGGAGGAAGCACUACUUAUUCAGCCAUACACCAAUAUGAGCAGCUUUGGGCAGAUCCUGAAAGAAGUUGGGGAGUCUGGUUUGUUUCAGAAGGGGUUUUUGGCUGCAUUAUGCAUCCCCAGCUUGUUUGUUGGUUUCAACCUGAUGGUCCAGGUCUUUGCAGAAAUGACCUUCCCACAUCACUGCAACACUGACUGGAUUUUGGAGCAUGGGCCCAACCUGACAGAAGAAAGACAAAGAAAUCUCACCAUUCCAGUGAACAAGGAUGGAAAGUAUGACAGCUGUAAUAUGUUCACACCUGUGGAUCUGGAUUUGGAAACCAUUGAAACAUAUGGGAUUAACAGUACAACUGGAUGUAUACAUGGAUGGGUCUAUGAGGCACCCAUAGGUGCUUCCAGCAUUGUAACAGAGUUUGAUCUUGUCUGUAACAACAGUGGUAUGACUGAGAUAUUGCAGUCCAUCUUCAUGGCAGGGAUUCUGGUUGGAGCAUUGGUGUCUGGGGCAAUUUCCGAUAAGUUCGGUCGACGCACUGCAAUUCUGCUUUCACUUCUUCUACUGCUGGUAUUUGGUGUGGGUGAUGCUUUCUCACCCAACGUCUAUGUUUAUAUGGUUGCCAAAUUCAUCCUUGGUUUUCCAGUUGCCAUUGUAACACAAACAUCUGUGAUGGCGAUAGAGUGGACUGAUCCGUCUAGGAGUGCUCUUUGCACAGUGCUCAUCCUGAUAGUCUUUUCUGUUGGACUGAUGGCGUUGUCUGGCAUUGCAUAUUUAAUCCACAACUGGAGGAUCCUGAAGUUGGUGCUCUUCAGCCCUCUUGUCCUUGUUCUUGGAAUGUUUUACUGGUUUCUCCCAGAGUCAGCUCGCUGGCUUAUGACCCAGGGCAGGAAGGAGGAGGCACAAAAGGAGCUUUGGAGGGCAGCCAGGGUGAAUGGGAGGACGGUCCCAGAAGAUCAGCUGGACAAGCUAGAGAUGGAGGGUACAUCCGAAAAAAGGAACAUGUUGGACAUCUUCCGAAUAUCGUAUUUGAGAAAACGUACCUUCUUAAUGGGCUAUAACUGGUUUGCAACAUGUCUGCUAUACUAUGGACUGAGCCUGAAAGUUGGCAGCUUUGGCCUGAAUAUCUACCUCACACAGUUCAUCUUUGGCAUUGUUGAAAUUCCUGCAAACCUGGGCAGUUGGGCUCUAAUUCAGCACUUUGGAAGGAGAAUAUGUCAAGGGUGCUUCCUGUUCUUUGGAGGUGCUGCUUGCCUCCUGGUCCUUGCAGUCCCAAAUGAUCUUCCAGUGGUGGUAACAACCAUGGCUGUACUGGGGAAAUUUGCUGCUACUGCCUCUUUCAAUACAGCCUAUGUUUACACUCCAGAAUUAUACCCAACCAUUUUAAGGCAAAAUGGUGUCGGUCUAAACUCCAUGUGUGCUCGUGUGGCGGGCAUCCUUGUUCCACUGAUCAGGCUCCUGGAGGUCUACCAUUACACCAUCCCAAUGGUGAUAUAUGGCAUCGUCCCUAUUGCUGCACUGGGUUUCUGUUUGCUACUGCCUGAAACCCUCAAUGUUGAACUUCAAGACCAAAUUGAACUGAAGUGA